GAGGAAUCAAAGAUGAACUUGGAGCAGGAGAGGCCUUUUGUCUGCAGUGCCCCAGGCUGCUCACAGCGUUUUCCAACGGAGGAUCAUCUGAUGAUUCACAGGCACAAACACGAAAUGACUUUGAAGUUUCCUUCAAUAAAAACAGAUAAUAUGUUAUCAGACCAGACUCCUACACCAACCCGAUUCCUGAAGAACUGUGAGGAAGUGGGCCUCUUCAAUGAUAUUGACUGUUCCUUAGAACACGAGUUUAGAAAGGCACAAGAAGAAGAGAACAAUAAAAGGAAUAUCUCGAUGCAUAACACAGUUGGAGGAGCAAUGGCAGGACCCGGAACCCACCAGCUCACGAAUACUAGGAUGCCAAACCAUGACACCAGCGUUGUGAUUCAACAAGCCAUGCCAUCUCCACAGUCCAGCUCGGUCAUAACACAAGCACCUUCCACAAACCGACAGAUCGGGCCUGUUCCAGGUUCUCUGUCUUCACUACUACACCUACACAACCGACAAAGACAACCCAUGCCUGCCUCUAUGCCUGGCACCCUGCCCAAUCCUACCAUGCCUGGAUCUUCUGCAGUACUAAUGCCAAUGGAGCGACAAAUGUCAAUGAACUCCAGUAUCAUGGGGAUGCAAGGCCCAAAUCUCAAUAACCCGUGUGCGUCACCCCAAGUCCCUCCAAUGCAUUCAGAAGCCAAAAUGAGGUUGAAGGCAGCAUUGACUCAUCAUCCUGCAGCCAUGUCAAAUGGAAAUAUGAACACCAUGGGCCAUAUGAUGGAAAUGAUGAGCUCCCGACAGGACCAGACACCACAUCAUCAUAUGCACUCACAUCCACAUCAGCACCAGACACUGCCACCUCAUCACCCAUACCCGCAUCAGCACCAGCAUCCAGCACACCAUCCCCAUCCUCAACCCCAUCACCAGCAGAACCAUCCACACCAUCACUCCCACUCGCACCUUCACACACACCCGGCACAUCACCAGACCUCUCCACACCCGCCACUGCACUCAGGUGGACAAGCACAGGUUUCACCAGCGGCACAGCAGAUGCAGCCCACUCAGACAAUACAGCCGCCUCAGCCCACUGGGGGUCGCCGGAGGAGGGUGGUGGAUGAAGACCCAGAUGAGAGGCGGCGGAAAUUUCUGGAAAGGAAUCGAGCGGCUGCCACACGCUGCAGACAGAAGAGGAAGGUCUGGGUGAUGUCACUGGAAAAGAAAGCAGAAGAACUCACCCAGACAAAUAUGCAGCUUCAGAAUGAGGUUUCCAUGUUGAAAAAUGAGGUAGCACAGCUGAAACAGCUAUUGUUAACACAUAAAGACUGUCCAAUAACAGCCAUGCAGAAAGAGUCGCAAGGAUAUAUAAGUCCUGAGAAUAGUCCUCCUGCAAGCCCCGUCCCAGCUUGCUCACAACAGCAAGUCAUCCAGCAUAAUACCAUUACAACUUCCUCUUCCGUCAGCGAUGUCGUAGGAAGCUCCACCCUCAGUCAGCUUGCCAGUCAUAGAACAGACAUGAACCCAAUUCUUUAA